AAUUUUGCUGAUAAUCGAAACAGAUCUGGUUUUGUUAAACUACAGAAUACAGAACCACAAAAUAACUCCUUUGAGUACUUCAAUUUAGCAACCAGUUGGAGGACAACCGUGAAAGUGUUAAACUGAUGGCCUUGUACAGUGGAAUAUGUUUGGCUGUGCUUUAUGGUCUGAUAGCUACCACUGCAGCACAAGCUGAUAUGAAAGACAGCUGCCACUGGAAGUGUCUGGAAUUUGCUCAACUGUGGCCAGGAUCAUUCUGCAUGACUUUUUUAAAGAUUCCCUGUAGGAUUCCAAAGCAGGUGGAUGGCUGGACUAUACACGGACUCUGGCCAGAUGGGAAAACGGGCUGCAAUCGUACUUGGAAGUUAACUCAAAAGGACAUUGAUGAUCUUCAGGUUGACUUGCGCCACUACUGGCCAAGUCUCGUCAAAAAGGAUGCUUUCAAGUUUUGGCAGGAUGAAUGGUAUAAACAUGGCACCUGUGGAGCAUGUGCUGACAGCAUGUCCUGCCCACACAAGUACUUUAGCCUGGUGCUUGAGCUCCGGACAAAAUUCUCCAUCGAUACGUCCUUAUCUGCUGCUGGGAUCAAACCUUCAUGUAAUAACAGUUACACGUAUGAACAUUUCCACUCAGCACUGUUUUACCUGCACACUCAUAUAAAUCUCCAGUGUUACAUUUACAAGAAACAGCAGAUUCUCAUGCAAAUCAAAAUUCCCCUAAGCAAGGAUCUUUCUGUUGGCUGUCACCCUCAUGAGGAAAAUUUUAGCAAGUCUUAUUACGAACCAUGCACAAACAAGUCUAAAAUAUAUUUGUAUCCUUUCACACCCCAUCCACGUCAUCCUUGUUCCUAAAGGGGUGCUUUUCAAUUUCAAACCUUCUAUUGUUUUAAGGAUGACUUCGCUUUUGAGUGAACUGUAUUAGACUCCUAUCUUCAGAUCUUCAUUUGUCAUUAAAUCUCCAUUUAAGUUUGCUUCUCUUCUGGAUGAAGGAAAUGCUGCAGUGUCAUUUUCCAGCAUCAUUAUUUUGUCAGAAUAUGGUGUAUAGCCCAUUUGAAAUGACCUAUUUUUCAUUUAUUCUCAACGAGUUUGAAUCUUAACCUACUGGUUACAGUAUUUUUGACCAAACCAUAUUCAAUUUCAUUUAUCAAGGUAUAUGUUAAGCAUGCAAUCUCCAUAAGUUUACUUGCUUUUGUGAAAUGUUGUCUUUGUAUAUUAUCUACCAGUUGGGAGAUAAGGCAAGAACUGAGCUGUUUAUGUUUGAUAAUGAAGUGACACCUGCAGAAUAAAAGCAAAAAACUGUGGAUGCUGGAAAUCCAAAUCAAAAACAAAAAUAAAAAUACCUGGAAAAACUCAGCAGGUCUGACAGCAUCUGCAGAGAGGAAUACAGUUAACGUUUCGAGUCCGUAUGACUCUUCAACAGAAGAGUCUGACACCUCCAGAAGCCUUGUUUCCUCUGGUGUAUGUUACCUGCCCCACUCCUGAAUUGAGAUAAACUAAUUCUUCAGUAUAAUCACCUAAGAAUUGACAACUCAAAGUAGAUUUUUUAACUGUAUUUUGUCCCUUAUUUCCCUCAUUCCGUUUCUUUGCUCUCUCCCCACAUUCCAGCUGAUUUAGGGAAACACAUGAAGUUAGAAGCUGUGGGCUCAAACCUGAGUCUUACUCCUCCUGACAGUGUUGUAUGACUAUGCUUCAGACAAUGUGUCACAAAAUUGGAGUGUCAGACUAACAAUCAGACUGUUCAGCACUUGUGUUUUAUCUGUGAAACACAUCUUAGAAUUAUCUAAGAUAAAAGCAAAAUACUGCGGAUGCUGGAAAUCUGAAACAAAACAAAAAUAGCUGGAAAGACUCAGCGGGUCUGACAGCAUCUGCAGAGAGGAACACAGUUAACGUUUCGAGUCCAUAUGACUCUUCAUCAGAAUUAGAAUUAUCUAAUUCUGACUAUUCAAAAUAAAGAACUGGGAAGGUGUAUUAUUAUGAAGGCAUGUUAUUAAGGCUAAGAUGUAUAGCUUUGCCCAACAUUUGGCUAUGGACAGCCUGUGGACAGUUGAUAAAAUAUAUAUAUAUAAAAAAGAUCAAAUCUAUGUUUUCUUCUUUGAUGCUUAUGUAUUUUUUUGCUCAAAAAGUUGGUUUAACUAAUCCUUCAAUGUAAAUGCUCUGUAUCUUGUGUAUGCUUAUGCAGGUUUAACAGCAAUAAAUUGCAUAUGAAAGUAGAAUUUACUUAUUUACUUUUGUAUUAGUCUUACAAAUAAAUAAAUAAAAAUAAUUGCUUUCAAA